AUGGAGGUCUCGUCGAAUUGGCAGGGCCGAGUAUGGGGAAGGACGAACUGCACCUUCACUGAGAACGGCACGGCGCCGGCAGAUAUGGGUGGAGUGGCCUGCACAACUGGCGACUGUUUUGGAAAGCUGGAUUGCGCAUUUAGUGGCGCACCUCCAAGCACACUGGCCGAGUUCACGCUCGCCGGCGGCUCUACCGGCAAGCAGACCUUCUACGACAUCAGCCUCGUGGACGGGUACAACAUCCCCGUAGGCAUCGUGUACCUGCCGGCGCCCAACACGUCUUUCAUACCGCCCAACCUGGUCAACACGGUAUGCAUCGCGACGGCGGGCUACCUCGACGAGCCGGCCGCGCGCACCGGCGACGUGUACACGAACGCAAGCUUCCCAAUGCCGUACGAGUCGUCGCGCACCAACGCCAACAUCGCCAAAUGGUGCCCGUGGGACCUGCAGACGCAGCCGCCGUCCAAGCCCGGCGACGGCGUCUACCCGUACCCGGACGACGGCAUCGCGCGCCCCGUCUUCGACCCCUGCCUGUCGGCGUGCGCGCACUCGGGCGCCGACAAGGACUGCUGCACGGGCAAGUACAACAACCCCAAGAAGUGCAAGCGCGGGCUGUACAGCACCCGCGCCAAGCAGGUGUGCCCGGACGCGUACUCGUUCGCGUACGACGACCAGGCCAGCACCUUCAUCAUCCCCUCCGGCGGCGGCUGGGAGGUCGUCUUCUGCCCGGCCGGCCGCAGCACCGACAUCCUGGCCACGUUCGGCACGCAGCUGAGCGAGCUGGCUUCCACGGGCAACCUGACGAGCCAGAGCCUUGCGGACGUCAAGAAUAUCACGUACAUUGAGUCGCAGGACAGCGCUGGGACGAGUGUGCGGCCGCUAAGUACGAAGACGGUGCUUGCGGUGGUGCUAGGCGUGGCUACAGCGUUUACGCUGUGGUAG